ACGCGCGUUUCAGUCGCGAUUAACAGCGCGCAAGGCAAAGAGGCCGUAGACAUGAGCAGCUCGUCAGCCGUGACCGCCCCUACCUCGUGUCCAGAUCCUCCAGAGAGCAGCAGAAUAACCCAAAUGUCUCUGAAUCCUGUGUCCCCCAAUGCAUUUCAAGAAAAAGAUUUCAAAGAUUGAAAUAUACAGAAUUCUUCAUGGAUAUAGUUGACACAUUCAACCAUUUAAUCCCAUCUGAGCACUUGGAUGAUGCCCUUUUUCUAGGCUCUAACCUAGAAAGCGAAGGCUGUGACGAAUUUGCCACAGGCCAACAUGUCAUAGAAGAUUCCUUGAAGAACAUGCUCAGUGAUAAAGAUCCUAUGCUUGGAUCUGCAAGCACCCAAUUCUGUUUACCAGUUUUGGAUAACGCAGAACAUAACUUUCAGAUACCACCUUCAACAGGUGUUGGUCUUGAUGAUAUCAUGGAUGUUGGGGUAGAUAAGGUAACUGCUGUUGAUAUCAAUGAUGAAGAUGAUUUAAUUCUACCAGACAAGAACCGAAACAGAUUAAAUGAGCCUUCCAUAAAAUCACAAAGGAAAUCACCACGUUUAAAAGCACAAGAAUCCACAAGAACGCUGAGACCUAGUACAAUUGAGAAGACAUUGAAUGCUGUAAAGGUUGCAAGUCCCAAAAAAUCGAAAUCUUCCCGAAAAGAAACAGCCGUUGAUACAGCAAAAGAUGAUGAGGAACAGAUUUUGCACGUCGGUAGUGAUGAUAAACAAAGCAAUAGCACACAGAACUCAAGGCGAUCAACAAGAAUAGCAAAUAAGGAGUAUAAUGAUAAAGUAGCUACAGAUCAGAAUAUUGAAAAUAAGGAGACGCUGGAUGAAGAAUCAAAUACCAUAAGUGAAAUUUUAUCAAACACACAAAGCAUACUGGAAAAAGAAGAUGGUAACUCUGAAACAUUACAUAGUGAUUCUCUUAUUUUAUUGAGUGCGAAUUCUAAUAAAGAUUUGGAAGAAGUGACAGAACAUGAUCUGAAUAAUUCUCAAGGAGAUCUUUUGACAGAUGAUGUCUUAGAGACAUCUGUAGAUGAAAAAGUGUACAAUCAUGAGAACUGUCAGACUGAUGAUAAAAAAUCUGAUGUAAUUUAUGAUAAAGUUCAUCAAGAGCUUGCGCUUUUAUCGGGAGUUGUUGAAUGCGACAUGGGUGUUAAGACGGUGUUGCACCCAGAAAUUACUGUUGAAUGCAUGUUGCAAAAUGCUGUUAGCAGCUCUGUCCAAGAGUGCGAAGCAGACAAAAAUUCUAUUGCACCUGAAAUUUUUAAUACUAGUAACAAAUGUAAUUCUUUAGAAGAUAUAUCCGUUGUAGAAAAUGUAGUACUUAAUUGCACAGAAGAUAUAGAAAGCAGUGAAAAGUUACAGACUACAGAAAUAGAAAUGUCAGCUGGAAAUGGUUUUGGAAAACCAAAUCGUAACCGAAAAGGUGCAAAAAAACUAAAACCCAGUUCUGCUAAAGUACCUACACAGACAGAAAAUUCUACAAAAAAUACUGCUUUUCCAAAAGAGGUCUUUUAUUCUCAACACCAAAAGGGUAGGUUUAAAAAAACGAACAUAACCCACUCUGAAUCUCCAGUUCUUUCUGACAAGUCGAAAAUCAUUAAAGUAACGAAAAAGGGGUCUGUAACUACGAAAAUCCAUAACAUUCCAAUAAAGACUACGAUUAAAAAGAAGCCACGUUCAUUUGAAAAAAAAGGUAAUUCCUCUACAUUAUUAAAACGGCUAGAUGAUGCAUUACGGGACAGCCAGGGAAGUUCAAAAGAAACGUCACAAGUUGUGUCAUCUCAUGUACGUUCUGGGAGUUUAUCACAUUCUAGUGAUAAAUCGGUCAGUAAACAGUCAUUGCCAAAAAUCACUCCUCAAUCAAAUGACAUAGGAGAACAGAAAGAAGCAACUGAGCAACAAGAAGAGAAGACAAAACUUAAAAAGUCACUUCCACCCAGACAAAGAAGAAGUAGUAAAAGUGUUUCUGUUGAUGAACCACCUCUGUUUAUUCCUGAUAACAUUCCUACUGUAAAGAAAGAAGGAGCAGAAGUAACCUCACCUGUUGAUAAGUAUGUCUGGAAUCCAACAAGACAUUGCAGUUCAUGCAGAAAACUUCACGGAAAUAGGUUUAUGGUUGGGUGUGGACAAUGUGAUGAUUGGUUUCAUGGAGAAUGUGUUGGCCUAAGCCUUGGUCAAGCACAGCAGAUGGAAGUGGAUGACAGAGAAUAUACAUGUGCUAAGUGCUGUGUGGAAGAGGAAAAGAUGGACACAUCACAGAUUAUUGCUUCCAGCGAUAGUCAGAAACCGGAUCUACUACAAGAACAUAAAACUGUGGAAAUUAACAAACCAGUGACAACAGGAUGUUCAGGUUUACCCUAUGAAAAAUCUAAACCGGCAGAUGAUACGAUAAAACAUAAAGUAAAAAUUUCCAAAAAGAACUCUGGAGAUAAUAAACAAGUCUUAGAAAGGAAGGAUUUGGAAAUAAAGAAACAUGCACCUGACAGAAAGAGCUUGCAGUCUGCCACAACAUCUCACCGAGUCUCUGAAGAAAAACAUGAAAGGUCUUCAAAAGAUCCUACAGCUGCUCCAUCUAAUGAGGAAAAGACUCCAAAAUCAGGUGCUAGUGAGAAGCAAGACAUUAAAAAAAAGAAACCAGAAAAGAGGGGUUCUUCAUCUGGUGUACCUAAUCCCUCUCCAUCUACACCAAAACCUUCUGUUGACCAAAUAAGGCAAAGUGUCCGGCAAUCUUUAAAAGAUAUUCUAGUAAAAAGGCUUUCAGAAUCCUCUUCAAAGAUUCCUGAAGAAAGGGCUACCAAAGUAUCAGCUAAGAUUGAAAAGGAGUUAUUUUCUUUUUACCGAGAUACAGAUUCGAAGUACAAGAAUAAGUAUAGAAGUUUAAUGUUUAACUUGAAAGAUCCUAAGAACAAUGUGUUGUACAAGCGAGUCCUCAGAGGAGACAUCACCCCAGAACAUCUUAUCAAGAUGACACCAGAGGAGUUGGCUUCUAAAGAGCUGGCAGCUUGGAGGCAAAGGGAAAAUAGACAUACCAUUGAGAUGAUUGAAAAAGAGCAACGUGAAGUUGAACGGCGGCCAAUAACUAAAAUUACACAUAAGGGUGAAAUUGAAAUCGAAAGUGAUGCUCCUAUUAAGGAGCCUGAAACCAUGGACACAGAGGAAUCUGUUGUGAAACCUAUUGAAAAAGAGGAAGAAGCACAUAAAGAUAAAGAUAAAGAUCCACCUACUGAGUCUACAUCAGACACAACAGCACAACACAAAAAUCACCUUUUUGACUUAAACUGUAAAAUAUGCACAGGUCGAAUGGCGCCACCUGCUGAAGAUUUGUCACCUAAGAAAGUGAAAAUGUCUGUGGGUGCAAUACGUGAAGAGUCUGAGAAUCUAUCAGAAACUUCUUCUGCGUCUGGUAAUUUCAAGAUGGAUAUGAUGGAAACAGAAAAACCAGAAUCGCCAAAGGAAGCGCCUCUUUCAGCUCCAAGUUCCGAGCCUUUUAAUAUUACUGAAGCAGCUGAAGAUGAAUCAACAUUUUUGUCCCGUUUGACCUGUAUUUGGAAAGGAUUUCUUAAUAUGCCUUCUGUGGCAAAAUUUGUUAUCAAGGCAUACCCUGUAUCUGGAUCAUUAGAACAUUUAACCGAGGACCUCCCUGAAAGUAUCCAAGUGGGUGGAAGAAUUUCGCCACAGACUGUUUGGGAUUAUGUAGAAAAGAUAAAGGCCUCUGGAACUAAGGAAACCUGUAUAAUUCGCUUUUGUCCAGAGACUGAAGAAGAUCAGAUUUCUUACACAUUACUCUAUUCUUACUUUAGUAGCAGAAAGCGUUAUGGUGUAGUAGCAAACAAUAUGAGGCAGGUAAAAGACAUGUAUCUAAUUCCUUUAGGAGCCUCUGAAAAAAUCCCACAUUUUUUUGUACCUUUUGAUGGACCCGGUCUAGAAACAAGAAGACCCAAUCUACUUUUGGCCUUGAUAAUUCGUCAGAAAGUGAAAAGGCAACACAGCACAAGCCUCGAUGAUGACCAACUAGGAACAUUAUUAAGUGUUCCUGAGAAAAAGAGUAGAAAUGAUGUUGAUGGAGACGAUAAUAAUAAUGAUGACGAUGAUGAUGAUGAUGAAAAUGAUUUUUUCAAUUCUUUCUCUGCUGUGUUACACAAGAGUAGAAACAGACCUCAGCUUUCAGAUAAUGAUGAAGAACCUCAAGCAAGUGUUGAAUCGGUACCAGAAACUGUUAAGAGAGAGCCACCAAAACCAUUAAGGUUCCUUCCAGGAGUUUUAGUUGGGUGGGAAAAUCCCCAAUCAACUCUAGAUCUAGCCAACAAACCAUUGCCUGUGGAUGACAUAUUACAGUCUCUUUUGGGAACUACAGAAAGUACAUUUGAACAUAAACCUUCUGUUAAAAAAAUCAGGGAUCAAAUAUUUAAGGUUGGAAAAAAACUGAAAGAUGAAAGUAUUACUACUGAAACAAUUCCUAAUAAAGACGUAGAAAUGGAUAUGACCCCUAACAUUGUAGAAGAGGCAAAAGAGAAUCCAACACCAAUAAUUCUGUCUCAGACUGGAAAAUUGUCUGUAUCCCUAAAAGACAAACCUCAAGAUGUUCCUACUGAAGUGUAUUUGGCCAAAAUAAAUGCACGGUCAAGUGAUGAAACGAUUGAGAAAGGAAAUUCAGCAGGCCCUGCCGAUUUUAGUCAAGAAAUUGAGGAUACGGUUAAUCCAAACUUAUCUCCAGUUCCUGAAAACAAAAUCGGCACUGAUGGUGAAAAUACAUCAUCUGUAGAUGCCAGUGAAAACUCUGUGAAACCUUCAAAAUUAAUGCAUAUCAAAAGGGAUCCAAGGCAAGCUGCCACAAGAAGUCAUAUUAACUCUCUAGAUUUAAAAGACUGUGAUAUAAGUAAAAAUAGGGAGGAUGCAGCAAACGAUAAAGAGAUCAGUGAAAGCACUUUGAGACAUAAAAAAGAUAGGAAUAGGAAACACUCCCAUGAAGAAAGUGAUAUACUUACAUCUAGGAGUGAUAGGUCUAAAAGCAGCUUGUCCUCUUCUACAAAGAAUGAGGUAGAAAGUGCUGAAUCAUCAAGAAAUGAAAAUACCAGACAGUAUCCUCCAGAUCUUCUAAUUGAUGAAACCGACCCUCUGCAGCAAUUUCGCAGAGCUUUGGCAGCAAACAAAUCUCAGUCACAGGCAUCAAAUUCUUCGCAGGCAGAAACAUCUAGCAAAAAUUCAGUUCCUACUUUUACAGGAAACUUCUCACCAUUAAGGAUACAACAGCCUCCAUUUCUACCUUUAAAGAGCAACCCUCCUCCAUUUCCAUUCCAUCAUCCUCCCAGCUUUCCAUUGCAGGGUAAUCCAAUAUUUUCAUAUCCUCCUCAUAUACCACCUCUGCUUCCAACUCCACUGGGUUUCAAUUUUCCAAGACCUCCUAGAUUUCAGUCUGCAGACCCCAUUAUUCAUAAUCCAUUGGUUGCUUGGCAUCCAGCACUUCAGAUACCUCGUCAACCACAUUUUUUUGGCCCCAUUACGAGUGGACAUCUUUUAAAUCCAGAACAAGUCAUGUACCAGGCACCUCAAAAGCUGUGUCUUAAAGAUCACAGAGUUCAAGAAAGGCGCCAUAGUGACCCUUGGGACAAACCAGAUCGUGACAGAAGCUUCAGUCGAGGAAGCAGAAGUGAACAUAGACAAAGAUUCUAUAGUGAGUCUCACCAUUCAAGGGAAAAAAGGCAUGAAAAAGAAUUAGGAAGUGAAAAGCAUGGAGAUAGAGACUCUGAAAGAAGCAGGCGUAGAGACAAAGAAAGGAGCCAUGACAGAGAUCGGAAGAGCCGCGAUGAGUCACACAGAGAAAAAGAAAAAUCUAGAGCUUCUCACAGUGACAAGUCUUCAGACAGUAGAACAAGUAAAGAAAGGAGGAGUAGUGAUAAAUCAAAGAGUGAGGAUCGGAGUCAUGAUAAAGAUAAAACUAGGGACAGAAAUCGAGAAGAAGAAAAAGAGAAAGACAGGCACCACAAGGACAGGAGCAGGGACCACAGUGAUAAAAGUAAAAGCAAACGAUGAAAGCACUGCUUUUUUACAUUUUUUUAAUUUUAUUUGUGCCAUCCUUUUCUAUUAAGUGUCAGUGUUUUUUCCUGAAAAAAAAUGUGUUAUUGUAAAGCCUGACUGCCCGUUAUAUAUUCAUUGAUGUUCAAUUCUCACUAAAAUAUAAUGUUUUUAACAUCUUUUACAAUCCUCAUUUAAAAGCGUAAUGAAUUUCUUUCUAAAUAUUCAGUUAAGAUAUUUAGUUAGAAAUUAUACAUAAUGUACAGCAUUUUUGCAUUUGAAGUAUUGCAAAUAUUUUAAAACCCGUUCUUAAAAAAAAAAAAAAAAAAAAAAAAAAACUUUUUAAUUGCACUCUUUUUAAAACCAGAACAGAUUCAGGAUCCAUAAAUUACUGUUUAGAAAACUGUAUAAUUAUUUGGUGCUGUAAAAAAAGCUUACUUCUGUCAAAAUUACACUGAUCCAUCAAUUUCUUAAAGCUAGCAUAUCAGAAAUGAUUUUUAUCAUGGAUGUAUUAAGAAGCCGUUCGGUUACUAUAGCUUUGAAAUGCACUUGCCAUAGGGGAAAUAUAUUUAACUUUUAAGCUUACAUCUUCUGUUAGUAAGUUAAAAUUAGAAAAAUUGUUUGCGCUUUAAAACUUGAAAUCUCUGCUUGUACAUUCUUGUGUUUUGCUAUUUUUUAUACUGUAAAAUGUAAAUAUUUUAAGGAAUAUUUUGAUUUUAAAGAUGAUAAAAAAACUAACAUAUUUUGUCUCAUUACUGUGUACGAAAUGUUGUUUAAUUCCUGUUGAAAAGUAAAGAUUUUAGUAUUAUUUCUUGCAUUUGCAUAA